GAGCGGCUAAAUGGACAUAUUUCUAGAACUAUGCGACUAAAUUUGUAAAUUCAACUGUUCUUAUAAACGGGAGCAACUUGUGAUUGAAAUUUUGAUUCAACUUGGAAAUUUGGUUGAGAGUUGAAGCAACAUGGAAUCACUGAAACUUCAAUGCAGCAUCUGAAGUUCAUAUUCCCAAGAACAUUCAAGAAUCUUCAAUUCUUGAAUUUCCUGAAGCUGAGCAGUUGCAGAGAUGGCGUGGAAUCUGAUCUUUUGGUUCAUCUCUUUCUGUAUCAACGUCGCCCUCCUCGUCCUCAACUUUUACCAGCUUUUGGUAUUAACAGAUUUGGAGGCAGAUUAUUUGAACAUCUAUGAUUCAUCAUCUCGCAUUAAUAAACUAGUCAUUCCAGAAUUCGUAGUACAAGGAGUAUUUUGCUCUCUUUUCCUCUUCACUGGCCAUUGGUUCAUGUUUCUUAUAACCGUCCCUGUUAGCUGCUACCACAUAAAUUUGUUCUUGAAGAAGGAGCAUCUUAUUGAUGUUACUGAGGUCUUUAGAACUCUUAAACGUGAGAAGUAUUUUCGUUUGGCCAAGCUUAUCUUCUACUUGCUUUUGUUCCUCGUAGUUAUCUUCAGAAUAAUAAUGGUUGCCGGAAUGAAAUCUGUUUUUGACUCUGCACCUGAUGAUAUAGACAUUCGCUCCACUGUCCUCGAAUUCUAGAGCUUACUUUGUCUGCUUUCAACUCUUUAUCUGAUGAAGACGACGUCCUACAUUUAUUUUGAUCGCCACUCUUAUUAGUUCGUAUUACGGGUUCUAAAGCAUGUCUAGUCGAUAUUUGUAUGGGAGAUACACGGAGGAAACGAAUUUGGACUUGGCAACUUCAAACACAUUCAAACAGGUUUUUCCUCCCAUUCCCAUCCAUUGGCUUGGUAGGCUCCAUUGCAAUGGCAGUUCAUAUGUUCUCCAAUUAAAAAUGUUGUUAUUGACGAAUGAAUUUUAGCCUUAUAGGCAGUUAUGAUUGUCAAUUUUAGCAUUUUUCUUUUUGCGAUUACAUGGAUUA